AAAUUGAGAUUAGCCUCGUUUUUAAGCAAGCUAACUAAAGUCAAAAAUAUAUACUCCAACACUUCACUUCACAAUCUUCACAUUCCUCACCAAAACCCUAACCGCCACCACACCGAAACCCUAACCACCACCACCGCAACCGCCAAUCGCCACCUCAAUUCCGCCAUGGACGACGUCUGCGAAGGCAAGGACUUCUCCUUCCCGGCCCAAGAAGAGUCCAUCCUCUCCUUCUGGGCCGACACCAACGCCUUCGAGACACAGCUCGCCAAAACGGCCCAUCUCCCCGAGUACAUCUUCUACGACGGCCCGCCCUUCGCCACCGGCCUGCCGCACUACGGCCACAUCCUCGCCGGCACGAUUAAGGACAUAGUGACUCGCUACCAGUCGAUGACGGGGCAUCAUGUGACGCGGCGGUUCGGGUGGGAUUGCCACGGGUUGCCGGUAGAGCACGAGAUUGACUUGAAAUUGGGGAUCAAGACGAGGGAGGAUGUGUUGAAGAUGGGGAUUGGGGAGUAUAAUGAGGAGUGUAGGAAGAUUGUUACGCGGUAUGUCGGGGAGUGGGAGAAGGUGAUUACGAGGACCGGGAGGUGGAUUGAUUUUAAGAAUGAUUAUAAGACUAUGGAUUUGAACUUUAUGGAGUCGGUGUGGUGGGUGUUCUCGCAAUUGCAUCAGAAAGGACUUGUUUAUCGCGGCUUUAAGGUUAUGCCGUACAGUACUGGCUGCAAAACUCCUCUCUCCAACUUUGAAGCAAAUUCAAAUUACAAGGAAGUGCCUGAUCCCGAGAUAAUGGUUACUUUCCCGAUAGUUGAUGAUUCAGAUGGUGCAGCAUUUGUGGCAUGGACAACUACUCCAUGGACACUACCCAGUAAUCUUGCUCUUUGUGUUAAUGCGAAUUUUGUGUACUUGAAGGUUCGAAACAAGGUAACGGGGAAAAUCUAUGUCGUAGCUGAAACACGGUUGGCAGAGCUUCCAGUUGAGAAGGCCAAAAAGAGUGCACCAAAUGGAGCAGUCAAUGACUCCAAAACCGUAGACUCAAAGAGUAAAGGAUCUUCUGGUGGAAAGAGUAAAAGCACGACAGAUACUUAUGAGGUUUUGGAUAAAUUUUCAGGCGCUUCACUUGUUGGAACAAAGUAUGUACCAUUGUUCGAUUACUUCAAGGAUUUUGCGGAUGUGGCAUUCAAGGUUGUCGCUGAUGAUUAUGUUACUUCAGACAGCGGCAGUGGGAUUGUUCACUGUGCUCCAGCAUUUGGGGAAGAUGAUUACCGUGUUUGUCUUAGCAAUCAAAUUAUAACUAAGGGAGAGUCUCUGGUUGUUGCAGUUGAUGAUGAUGGUUGCUUUACCGAUAGAAUUACUGACUUUAAGGGCCGCUAUGUCAAGGAGGCAGAUAAAGAUAUUAUUCUAGCUGUGAAGGAAAAGGGCAGACUUGUUAAAUCUGGAAGCUUUACUCACUCGUAUCCCUUCUGUUGGAGAUCAGACACACCACUUAUAUACAGAGCCGUUCCUAGCUGGUUUGUUGCAGUGGAGAAGUUAAAGGAUCAACUUCUAGAAAAUAACAAGGGAACAUACUGGGUUCCUGAUUUCGUGAAGGAAAAACGUUUUCACAAUUGGCUAGAGAAUGCAAGAGAUUGGGCUGUCAGCCGAAGCAGAUUUUGGGGCACCCCACUCCCAGUUUGGGCUAGCGAGGAUGGUCAGGAAAUUGUAGUGAUAGGUUCUGUUGAAGAACUGGAGAGACUUUCCGGAACAGAGGUGAAGGAUUUGCAUCGUCACAAGAUUGAUCAUAUUACAAUUCCUUCUAAAAAGAAUGGCGUACUUCGACGUGUAGAAGAUGUUUUUGAUUGUUGGUUUGAAAGUGGGUCCAUGCCAUAUGCAUAUCUUCAUUACCCAUUUGAGAAUGUUGAGCUAUUUGAGAACAAUUUUCCUGGUCAUUUUGUGGCCGAGGGGUUGGAUCAAACUCGUGGGUGGUUCUAUACUCUUAUGGUCCUUUCCACUGCAUUAUUUGGUAAACCCGCUUUUAAAAAUCUUAUAUGCAACGGUCUAGUCCUUGCUGAGGAUGGAAAAAAGAUGAGCAAAAGAUUAAAAAAUUAUCCGUCACCUAUGGAAGUUAUUAAUGACUAUGGUGCUGAUGCUUUGAGAUUAUACAUCAUAAAUUCCCCAGUCGUACGUGCUGAGCCUUUACGGUUCAAAAAGGAAGGAGUUCAUGGUGUUGUCAAAGAUGUUUUCUUGCCAUGGUACAAUGCAUAUAGAUUUCUUGUUCAGAAUACAAAACGACUUGAGGUCGAGGGCCUUCCACAAUUUACUCCAUCAGAUAAGGCCAUCCUUCAGAAGUCUUCCAAUGUUCUCGACCAGUGGAUCAAUUCAGCUACUCAAAGUCUAGUUCAAUUUGUUCGGCAAGAGAUGGAUGCAUACCGACUUUAUACGGUUGUUCCUUAUCUCCUGAAAUAUUUGGACAAUCUUACGAAUAUUUAUGUACGGUUUAACCGGAAGAGGCUAAAAGGGCAAAGGCCAACGACAGAAGAGGACUGUAGAACAGCACUUUCGACUCUUUACCAUGUCCUUCUAACAUCUUGCAAAGCAAUGGCUCCAUUUACACCAUUCUUCACAGAAGUUCUGUACCGGAACUUGCGAAAAGUCUCCAGUGGAGCAGAAGAAAGCAUUCAUUAUUGCACUUUUCCUGAAGUGGAAGGAAUGAGAGGGGAACGCCUCGAACAAAGUGUAAAUAGGAUGAUGACAAUUAUUGAUCUAGCCAGAAAUAUCCGUGAGCGGAAUAGUAAACCUCUCAAAACACCUCUCAGAGAGAUGAUCGUUGUACACCCUGAUGCGGAGUUCCUCGAUGACAUUGCUGGAAAACUCAAAGAGUAUGUGCUGGAGGAGCUUAAUGUUCAAUCAGUUAUCCCGUGUAAUGAUCCUCUGAAGUAUGCCUCCUUGCGUGCAGAACCUGACUUUAGUGUGUUAGGCAAGAGGCUGGGAAAGUCGAUGGGAAUGGUCUCCAAAGAGGUGAAGGCAAUGUCGCAAGAAGACAUAUUAGCUUUUGAAAAAUCUGGUGAAUUAACAGUGGGUACUCAUUGCCUGAAAUUGACUGAUAUUAAGAUCGUUCGGGCAUUUAAGAGACCUGCUGAUAGGACAGUAGAUGAAAUGGAUGCGGCCGGAGAUGGUGAUGUUUUGGUUAUAUUGGAUUUAAGGCAAGAUGAAUCACUUUUUGAGGCUGGGUUUGCUCGUGAGGUUGUAAAUAGGGUCCAGAAGUUACGUAAGAAGGCCGCCUUAGAGCCUACAGACAUGGUAGAAGUCUUCUUCAGAUCAUUGGAUGAAGAUGCAUCAAAGUCUCAACAGAUAUUAAAUUUGCAGGAGUCAUACAUCAGGGAUGUACUGGGAUCUUCAUUGCUUCCUUCUAACAUGAUUCCUCAGCAUGCGGUUGUUAUCACUGAAGAGAUCUUUGACAUUUCAAGUUUGAAGUUUGCGAUCACAUUGGCAAGACCAACUUUUAUGUUCAACACUGAUGCUAUAAUCACAUUAUAUGGAGGAAACACAAAAUUCUCUGAAAAUUUGCAGACAUACUUGUUGUCUAGGGAUUAUCACAGUUUGAGAUCAGAGUUCCAAACUAAUUGCGGGAAGAUUAAGGUUAGCUGUCUUGUUGAUCAGCCUCAGGUUGAGCUGUGUUUAGGCGAACAUGUUUAUUUGACAGUUGGCGAAUACUCAUCAAAGUCAAAUGCUCCUUAAUUGUAUACUUUUCUUUUCCAAAAUGUCCUUGAUCAAGUUGGUACAAAAAAGAGGGAAAUCUGAAAAGGACUUCCAGUUCUUUCUGGGAAAAUUUUUAGAACAAAAGUUGAUUAAUUCCAGCCAAAGCAAUUUUGUGCAAUAGAAUUGGACUAAUAGUUCUUCAUAUAUAAAGAUGUAAUACCUUUUAAUGGAAAAUAGUUGAUAUGAUGUCUUUCUCUUACAUAGCAAAUUCUUGUGCGAUUACUGAUGGAGAAGUACUCUGUGCUUCAUACUAAGUAGUGUGUUUCAUACAUAGUUCUACAGUUAUAUAUAUGAAGUGUUCAUUAGUUAUA